AUGGAUGAUAAUUCAAUAGAUUUAUCAAUGUACAAAGGAUUCAUUUACAGUUCAUUAAGAAAUAAAGAUGUGGUGUAUGAAUUAGAAGACGAAACAGUAAUUAACUUGGAGAAAAAAAGGUUGAAAUCUUUAGAAGAAUCUUCAACAAUAAACUGGUUUAAAUGGUGGAGAUUUUUAUCGGAUAAUCCUGAUAACCUGAACGUCAUUGAUAAAUAUUGGUUAUUUAAUUCAGUUAAUGAAAUGAAUGGAAAAACAAAAGAUAGUUCUUUUUACAAAAAAAUAGGUUAUACAUAUGUCAAUGGUCUGAAAAAAUGCAAUCAAGAUCAUGAAGAUAUGUACACAAGUGAAAUCUUAAAAUCGAUCGAAUCCGAAAUUGAUUGUUUAUCAUUAACUACAAAUGGAUUAUAUAACUCAUUACUUAGAAAUGAAUAUUUCAACAAACUGAUUAAAUUUAACAUCGAUGAAAUAAAUGAAAUACGAAUAAAUUUAGAAAAACGAAAAAAUCAAUUGAAAAAUUAUUGUAAAGUUGAAUUCUUGAUAGAUGAAUUUUCAACAAAUAACAGAUUUGAAAAUUUCAUGAAAAAUGGUGUUUACGAACCUUUUUUUUGGAAUUCUGACUCUUAUUCAAACAAUGAAAAAAAAAUCAUUAGUAGUAAAUGGAUGAAAAAAAUAAAUGAAUUAGUAAAAUUAGAAAAUGAAACAGAUAUGAAUCUAUAUAUCAAUGAUUUAUUAUCUAUAUCAGAAUCCUUAAAAAAUAACCAAUUACAUAAUCCAGAAGAUUCAAAUAUAUUCUCUAAAAGAUUGAAAGAAAAAAGAGAAAUACAUAAGAAAUAUAUCGAAGAUGAUGGUCCCAUCAAAUCUUUAAUCCAAAAAGUAAACAUACCAGAUUACAAUAAAAAAAUUCUCGAAAAUCGAAGAUUGGAAAUAUUACAUGGUAAAAUUCCCGAACCCCAAAAACCAAAAGAACCUAAAGGUUCUAAAGAUCCUGAAAAAAUCUUAUUUGAUAAAUUAAAAAAGGAAAUAGAAAAUAUCGAUAAAGAUAAUGCGAAAGAACUAUUAGAUAAUGAAGAUUUAGAUGAUAAAAUAUAUGAUGCAAAUCUAUCACAAGAUAAAAUUGAAGAGUUACAAAAAGUAAGAAAAGAUAGAUUGAAUAAAUUCAUAUCUGACAAAAUUGAUGAAUUUGAAAAUAAAAUAAAAAUUUCAAAAACUCAAGGAGAGAUAGAUGAUUUAAUAGAUGAUUUAAAAGAUGAUAAAAUACUAUCAACUAAACAAAAAGAAGAUAUCUCAACAUUAAUCCAAGAUAAAUUAUCUGAAAUAUCUCAAUCUACAAAACCAAAACCUGGAAAUGUAUUUGAUGAACUGAAAAAAGAAAUAGAAAAUAUUGAUAAAGAUAACGCAGAUAAAUUACUAGAUAAUGAAAAAUUAGACAAAAAAAUAAAUAAUGCAAACUUAUCAGAUGAUGAUAUUGAUGAAUUACAAGAAAUAAGAAGAGAGAAACUAUUCAAUUUUAGAGAUAAUGAAUAUAAUAAAUUUGAUAAUCAAAUAAACACUCUCAAAACUGAAGAUGAUCUAAAUGAUAUGAAUGAUGUAAUAACAAAUAAUAGAAUAUUAUCAGAUAAACAAAAACAAGAAUUACAAGAUGAAAUACUCAAAAUCAAAGAAAAACUUUUCCCUAUCACACCACCCGUUGAUGAAGAUCUUAUAUUUAACGAAAUAAAAAAUUUAAUUAAUGAUGUUGAUACAGAUGUAACAUCCGAAGUUAAAAAUCUACUUGACAACAAAGACAUUGACAAAAAAAUCAAAGAUUCUAAAAUAUCCUACAAUAAAAUCAAUGAAUUACAAACAUUGAGAAAAAAUAAAUUAGAUGAAUCUAGAAAAAAAUCAUUUAACGAAUUGAACAAAAACAUAGAUAGAGCUAAAAAAGAAGAUUUGGAUAAAAUAAAAACUUUGAUAAAUGAUGAUGAAAUCUUAUUGGAUAAAGAAAAACAAAAUUUAGUAGACAGAAUAACCGAAAUAAAAGAAAAAAUAAAUGAAUAUGAAAAAGAAAUAAAAGAUUCGAAAACAGUUAAUGAAGUUGAUGAUAUAUUUAAUAAAUUAUCUACAGACAAAACAUUACCAAGUGAAAUAAGACAUGAAUUCAUAAAAAUACAAGAAGAGAAAAAAACUGAAAUAUUACAAAAAGAAAAUAAUGAAAAAUAUGAUAUCAUCAAGGAGGAUAUUGAUAAAUUCUUAACACCUGAAACUUUGGAUAAAUAUGUUAAGGAUAAGAUAGAUUCUCUAGAUGAUAAAUAUUUGACCAACAACAGAAAUAAAAAAUCAUUAAAUGAAAUUCAUACUAAAAAACGAGAUUCUUUAAUCGAAACCUUCAAAAAGGAAGAAAAUGAAAAUUACAAUUCUCUAAUAGACGAUAUAAAAAACUGUAAAGAUUCAAAUUUAUUAACUGCUGAAUUUUACAAUGAUAUUUAUCGCAAUAUCGAAGAUUUGGACGAAAAAUAUCUUGCUUCUGGAAAUACGAAAGCAAAACUACACGAACUUAGAAAAGAUAGAAUGAAAACAUUAGAAAAUGAAAAUAUAUAA